AUGCGGGUCGCCGCUCUCCUCUCCAUCAUCACCCCCUACCUCGAGCUCGCCGACGUGACCAUCGGAACCGUGCCAGCGUCGCGCGGUGAGCACCUCGCCUAUCCCGCGACGGUCGUCACACGUGCCGUGGAGGAGUACUUUGGCGAGGCGGCGAACAAGAGCCUUGUGCUGGUCGAGAUGGUGCCCGGGGACGGGCGUGAGAGCGCAGAUGCGUGGGGCCGCAAGGUCGAGGCCGUAGUCGGCUGCCAUGCCCUCUAUCGCACCCCGGCGAUGGCUCUCUUUGGCCUCGACUCGCCUGCUGUCGCUCUGCUCGACGACCAACUUGCUGCCGUGGUCGACGCCCAGGUCUCGGUCAUUGACGGCCCAAUCCAGACGCUGCCGGCGCACGCUGAGGCCCGGCUGACCGCCAUCCGCGACAAGAUGCUCACCAAGACCACGCCGGAUCCGUUCAUCGUCAGCAUGGCAAACAAGGUCGACGCCGGUAAGCUCCGGGCGUCACUCGAGUACCUCACCGGCGUAUCGUCAACCAUUGUGACGCGCAACUCGUACUCGGACGACGCCAUCAAGGUCUCUCACUGGCUCGUGCACGAGCUCGAGACUCUCGGGUACGAGGUCGAGUACUGGCCUUACAGCGACAGAUACUCGCCCAACGUCAUCGCCACCCUUCCAGGCCGCUUCGACACCUCGUACGUCAUCAUCGGCGGGCACUACGACUCGCGCUCGCGCAACGUCUCGUCGCCCACAGAUCCGGCCCCCGGGGCCAACGACGAUGGCUCUGGCACCGCGCUCAACCUCGAGGUCGCCCGCGUCCUCGCCUCCUCGCCAGUCACCCUCAACUACACCGUCCGCAUUGGCUUCUGGUCCGGCGAAGAGCAGGGCCGCCGCGGCUCCAAGGCGUACGCCGGGCGGGCUGACAACUCCGGCGACGACAUCAUCGCGUACAUCAACUCGGACAUGGUCGCCUACCGCCCGCCCGAAGUGGAGACCAUGGAGAUCGCCUUGCUCCAGCGCGACUCCAACGCCGUCCUCAACGAGAUCCUCAUGCCCGUCAUCGCGCUCUACGAGCCGCACGUCUCCGUCUGCUACUCGCCCGUCUGCUGCGCCGAUCAGGCCUCCUUCAACCGCAAGCAGUACCCGGCCUCGGGCGUGUUUGAGAACUGCGACUGGAUCCGCGACCCCAUGUACCACAAGGAGGGCGACAUCCUCGAUCGUCCGGGCUACGACGUCGACGGCCAGCUCACCACCACCACUCGCGCUGUCAUCGCCAUCGUCCUCACCCUCACAGGCUUUCCCGACCCCUCGCUCGCCUAA